AUGGGUGGGCAUCAGGGCAACGCGGAGGCCUCCUCCAGCGUCACCACCCUUCAAGAUGGACUUCGCAAAACUAAGCCGUACUGGUACGAGUUCCAGACGUAUGCCAAGCUGCGCUGGUUCGGGCGCGAGCUCAUCGAGAUCAUGACCACCGAGUUUCGCGAUCGCACCAAGGAGUACUACGUCUGGGCGAUCCACAAGGGCAUCUGCACCAUUAACGGUCAGAAAGCCGACAUUCAGCAAAUCGUUGGCGAUGGCGACAAGAUCUGCAACAGCGUCCACCGCCACGAGCCGCCGGUGACCGACGAGCCCAUCAAGAUCAUCCACAGGGACGACGACGAGGGCAUCCUGGUCAUUGUCAAGCCCGGCUCGAUACCUGUCCAUGCUGCGGGGCGGUAUCUGCGGCAUACGCUGACGGGCCUGCUCAACACCGAGCACGGCAUCGAGAUGGUCUACACCACCAACAGGCUCGAUCGGCUUACGAGUGGCAUCAUGGUUUGCUCGACAAAGAAGGAGACUGCGUCGCGACUCGGUGCUCAGUUCGCUGCUGGCCAGGUCAGUAAGGCCUAUGUUUGUCGUGUACGGGGCCAGUUUCCGGAGGGCGAAAUCGUCUGCAAAGAGCCUAUCCUCACUAUCGACCGUCAGAGCGGCGUCAACAUCGUCCAUCCCAAAGGCAAGUACUGCGAGACCAUCUUCGUCCGCCUCUCGUACGACGCCGACACGGACUCAUCCGUCGUCUUUUGCCGGCCCAUUACCGGUCGCACACAUCAGAUCCGAGUUCACGUUCAGUAUCUUGGCCAUCCCAUCUGCAACGAUCCCAUCUACGGUCAUGACGUGUGGAGCAAGGUCGAUCAGUCCUCUUUUGCCGAGGUGAUACCCGACCAAUGGAAGAAGGUGGGCGGCGAGAUUGGGCAGAAGGAGGUUGAAAUGAUUGUGAAUGCGAUCAAGGGUGACCAGGAUGGACAAGAAGACUGGGCGCGGUGGAAGGACGAGGUGCUGUUCAAAGACAUGAUCGCCCAAGAGGGGCUAGAGAACGUACACGUGCCCGGUCCCAAUGGUCGAUCCAGUCGACCUUCAGACGAGCUGCUGAAGCGUGCGCUACAAAAGCUGGAGGACGACAAAGGCGAGGUUCCGGCAAAAGGUCUCAAUCGACCCGCCGACAUUGAGACAGCGUGGCAGAAGCGGGUCAGGGAGCAAUCGUCCGACUUCUGCCCCGAGUGCAAGAUCCCGUUGCUGCCAGAUCCUAGGCCGGAGGAGCUCUACAUCUACCUGCAUGCGAUCAAAUACUGGACGGACGAGUGGUCUUUCGAAGAUGCCCUGCCCUGGUGGGCGCGGGAGGACUGGAAGUCCAUCUCACCUCACGGCUCGGGCACUCGCGAAGGUGCAGCAGAAGCAACCUUGCCGCAAGGUCUGGCUGUCGCACACACAACCGGAGCUGAGCUGAGCGGCGGUGCAAUCUCGACAUUGAUCACGAGCGAGAUCGAGGAGAAGGCGUCGAGGUUGGCGGAUCCGCAGAAGUACGCAAAGCAGGACCAAGGCGUCGAGCUCACCCAACUGCGGCAGUUGGUAGACUUUCCGCCGAACGACAUCGUAUCGACUUCAAGGACGAGCUCGACUUCAGCUGCGACAGCGAGCAUCAACGUGCCAGUCGUCUUCCAGGUGUUUGGCGGAUUCGAAGACUUUGCACAACGCGAGAUCCUUCAGCAGACGCUCGCGCGUGCCUCUCAGACAGACGCUGCGCUCACCCCUCGCCAAGCUACGUCUUCGAGCAUCCACUCCGGCCAUGUCCGCGUACUCGACGACCAGCUCGCAAGACACGGCCUGGAAGCGUACUUUGACGCCAAGCUCGGCAUCGCCAAGACCGCCUACCUGCUGACAGCGAUACACGAGUUUCCGCGCGAUCUAGCUAAGGAGCUCAAGCACGAAAAGUUCAUCGGCGGCGCGAGUAAGCGAGCCAGAUGGAAGGCGAAGGAGCUGCGAAAAGUAUUGGCAAAGAAGGAGGGCAAGAAGCUCGGGACACAGCCGACGACGCCGGGGCUGAUCGAGAAGCCAUCGAUCCUGCGUCAAGAUGGCGACGCCACCGACGUGCUGUCCACCACGGUCCCUGAUACAUUGUCUCUGACAGAACAACAGGGUGCUGAUUCACAAGCAAUUAGUGUCACUGCAGCGGUCAACGAGAUGGGCAUUAGCUCACCAGCCAGCGAAGCCGAAAUGGACGAAGGCGCACCUUUCCCUUCGGAAGUGAAGCUCCUCAAGCUCAUUGAUACGGUUUGGGAGUCGUCCCUUCCGCAGCUCGACGCCGCGCUCGCGAGCUGGACGCGCAUCACCGAAGCCACAACCUCCCGACCCCUUAUCGCCGCCUCACGCACCUACCGCGCAACCGUUGAUCGAGCAACAUACAAUCUGCCGAGCCUCAAUUCGCAGACAAUGGAGCGCUACGUCGGCGAGCUGGCGUGGGAUUGGCUCAACGGCCUCAACACCCCACCUUCCGACACCACCAACUGGAAAGUCGACCUGGAGCAGCCCAUGCUGGAUAUCACACUGAAGUUCUUCCCUGGCUUCGGGAUCGGAGAUGAGUUCGAGAAGGAACUCGCCGAGGACGACGACCCAGCACUUAAAAGCGAAGGUCAGAUCGCAUUCAUGGUCAAACUGCCUUCGCCUGUGGGACCGAACCCUCGGCGACCAGCUGGUAGGAACGCGUUGCUGGUCGGAGGCACCACAAUGGCCGAGUAUCGUGCUGCCUCUCUUGCUCUAGCUCUUCCGCUUCCUACCAAGCGAAAGACCAGCACCGACGUCCAAGAGGGCGAGACGCUGGGGCCGCUGCGCAUCCUCGAACCGUGCUGUGGGCACGGCUCGCUAGUCUUCGAGACGGCGGCGAUGCUCGAAGCGCGUGGUCUGACCGGCGAGGUACUCGGCGGCGACAUCGACGAAGAGACUGUGGCCCGCGCACAGCAGAUCUCGGAUCUCGCUGGUUUCUCUCCCUGCACCGGACCCGUCAAAGUCACCCUUCGCGGGGUCGACGGCACAGACAAAGCUUCGCUUUCGCACUUUGUCGGCGGUACCAGCUCCAUCGACGCCAUCUUGACCGAUCUGCCCUGGGGCAAGCGCGAGAAGUCCGCACAGUCCCUCUCGAAGCUCUACCACCUGUUUAUCGAGUCGUGGUUCCCCGUCCUGCGAACUGGCGGAUACAUCGUUGCGGUCACCGCGGAACACAAAACGCUGUCGAGGGCGCUGGGCGUGUUCGAGACGACAUGCAGAAAGAAGCGUGUAGGGAGCUGUCUCGUCAUGGAAGAUGUCAGGAUGCUAGAUGCGGACGCAAAGGUGGGAGAGUGGGAGGAGGACAAGGUCAAGAGGCAAGGUGUGUUGGAGGCCAAGCGCAACGCCGGGAUGAGGAAGAUCGAGAUCGGCUACCACGUGUACGUGUUCCUCAUCCGGAAGAUCGCCAUCUAG